UUUCUUUCUUUUUCUCUCCUCAGUAUCCUUUAUCAGCGUGGAAUCUACCCUGAAGAAGACUUUGAAGUAAUUAACAAACAUAAUGCCAGAGUCAUGACAACUGUAAACAAGGAACUUGAAAAGUAUGUCGCUGAUGUUAUGUCCCAAGUAAAAGAUUGGAUACUUGAGAAUGUCAUACAGAAGUUGGUGCUGUUGAUUCAAUCUGUUGAGACCGGAGAAACAGUUGAGCGGUGGCAAUUUGAUAUAAAGGCAAAGAAUUCAAAUGAGGAUGGACAAUUGAUAUCUCUUGCCAAGGAAAGUGAAAAGUUUGAUCGCGAGUUCCGUGCCACCAUCCGUCAAAUUACAGCCAGUGUCUCAUUCUUACCUGAACUCACUGAGAAAUGCACUAUAAAUAUUCAGGUAUACACAGAUAAAUCUGUGCUCGGUAAUGAAAAGUGGGGCACUGGAGAUGUAGCAUUGAUCAAGGGAGGAGGAGAACAUAUGCGGCUGAAAACUCUCUCAACGUCAGCUCAUCAAGUGGAAACUUUCGUGGCUUACCAAUUGAAGGAUAACUAUUGA